AUGGCGUCGACCUCGAGCGCCUCGGCCCAGGUGCUCAUGAACAAGGGCAAGAAGGGCGCUGCUCAGUACAUUCUCGACGAGUGUCGGAGCGCGAACCUCGGCUCCGGCUGUCCGCACCACCUGAACGAGCUGCUCGAUAUACUGCUCAAUCCGGGCGAGCCUAUCGACAAUUGGGAGACCAUUGACUGGUGCAAGUGGCUCAUGGCCGGUGGUCGCACCCCCGACGAGUUUGCCAACACAGUGAGAACUUACGACAAUGCAACGACGUGCGGGCUGGUGUGGACCCCUAAUUUUGUGGCUUACAGAUGCCGCACCUGUGGCAUCUCGCCGUGCAUGUCGCUGUGCACCGAGUGCUUCAAAAAAGGAAAUCACCGGAGUCAUGACUUUAACAUGUUCCUCAGUCAGGCUGGUGGAGCUUGCGAUUGCGGUGACACCUCGGUUAUGAAGGAGACAGGAUUUUGUGAUAAGCACGGGCCGAAUGCUGCUGUGAAUCAUGCAGCUGCUCCAGCUGAUUUGAUGUGUGUUGCUGAGGCUAUGAUGCCCAGGAUCAUUUUAAGACUCAUUCAGCAUCUGAGAGAAAAUUGUCGAGUUGGUCAACCUGAUUACAAAGGUGCAAUACAAAACGCUGAUUUGUAUUUGAAAAUGUUGCUCGAUCUCAACAACAUGGGAGCUUUGAUGAGACAUGUGAUGACAACAGCUCUAACAAAUCCCCAAAAGUAUCGCGGCUUAAUGGAUCCAUCAAUUUUCACGGGCCAGUCGAAAUACAGUAAUUAUUGCAAGGAUAGUAAUAAAAUUUAUCAAGAUGCAAUAAAAACUUUACCAAAUCCAGAACCCCCAGAUGAAUACAAAGAAUGUGCAUCGUUGCAAGAACAUUUGGAGCACACGACGUUUUUGGAGGAAUUGGUUUUUUGGACAGUUGCGUAUGAGUUUCCUCAAAAGCUCGUCUGUUUACUAUUGAACAUGUUACCGGAUCCAGAUUACAAAGAGGCUCUUACUAGAGCUUUUGUUUUGCACUACAGCAGGAUAUCGAUGAUGUUGGAGCGCUCUAACGAUCCCGACACCUUGAGCAACAGAGUCGUUCACGUCAGUGUUCAGCUAUUUAGCAAUGAAAGCCUGGCAGUUAGAAUGGUCGAUCAGUUAAAACUACUACAUGUAAUGGUGAUUAGUUUAAAGUAUAUGAUGAGCAAAAUUCUUAUACAAAACACUCUUCAUGAUCCAGAUAAAAAUUUCCAUUAUGUGGUAGACUGUGGACGACAAGUAAUGAAAGAGCACUGCUACUGGCCUCUCGUAUCCGAUUUAAAUAACGUUUUGUCUCAUAAACCAGUAGCUCAAAGAUUUAUGAGCGAUGACACAUUGUUGGAAAUGUGGUUCGACUUUUUAGCAAUGUUUCAAGGGAUGAACGUUAAUCAAAGAGAAUUAACCGAGCACGUCGAAUUCGAGCCCAACACGUAUUACGCUGCGUUUAGUGCCGAGUUGGAGGCAAGUGCUUAUCCAAUGUGGGCACUUGUGUCGCAUCUAAAAGGGCCGGAAAGUGUUUCUCUAAGUCGUCGUGUUUUGAAUUGUUGUCUCACAGCAUUGCAAGACUGGUUGGAUGCCGUCAACUACACUCAUCCAAACGUGAGUGACAGUCUCCAAGUGUCGUUCCAUUUGCCGCUUCAUCGGUACUUUGCGGUAUUUUUGUGCCAAGCGGUACGCAAGCAAGGCGCGACCCUGAACAAGCUACUCCCGCCCACCGACAUGCUACAUCUGCUAAUGAUGCAUCCGCUGCGCGUUCAGGUGGCGUUCUACGAGAUCCUGAACAACCUCUGGGUCCGCAAUGGCUUGCAAAUCCGGGGCCAAGCCAUGACCUACAUCCAGUGUAACUUUUGCAACUCCAUGGUUGACGCCGAUCUCUACCUCCUCCAGAUAUGCGCCACGAAGCUACAGCCCGACGUCUUUCUCUCAACGAUUAUCGACAAGUUUCAUGUCAAGGAAUGGAUGAGCCUGAGUCGCUACCACGCCCCGCAAAACGAGUACCUCGAGGGCGAGCACGACCUCUCGAUGCUCGAGAGUUGUCUGACCUUCCUCGCUACCUUGGUCAACGUGCGGACCAAUUUGGGUCUCUCCGACGCCGAGAUGUCGUGCCUGGAAAUGGUGACGCUGUUGUGUAUGGGCGACAAGACGCAUAGCCAACUCAUGGAGCUGAUGCCCGAGCGUUGCGGCACGACCCAAAAUCGGGACUUUGACUCUGUGCUCAAGGAGGUAGCCCACUACCGCGCCCCCAACCUCGAGGCCAGUGGCAACAUGCAACAGGGCAUGUACGGACCGAAACCCCGUGUCUGGGAUGAGCUCUUCAAUCCCCUGCACGUGCUCCUCCGUGCCGUCCAGCGCAAGGACUUUCAAGUCUCGAUGGACCGCUUCACCACCUACGUGAAGCAGUCCGGAAAACUAAAGUCCAACGCGGCCCCUUGGCCGCCGUUCCGGCACCCAGCCCCGGUCUCGGCCGACUACGACGACCCUCGACUCGUGUUACGCUCGAAAGUCUUCCACGCCAUGAUCUUCGUCAUACUCUACAAGGCGGUCAAUGGCCAAAACAUAUCCGAGCACGUGAUGGCCCUGGCAGUCUACCUGCUCGAGAUGGCUGUCGUUACCGCCGAGUUGCCCGACAAUUCCACCCACCCACUGUGCCAGUACAACAGCGGAGGCUCGCAGCGCGUGUUCAAGGACAUGGAUCUCACGGGCUGGUUCAACAGCAACAACCUGUCCGAAAAUCUACGGACCGUCAUACCCCGAGUCGUCCUGGUUCGGGAGCCCGAUCACAGCAGUUCCGAUAGCGAACUCGAGUGGGAGGGUUUGAUGCCCGAGGUAGCGAUGCUGAACGACAGCGCCGACGAGGGUGCCGUCGGCGUGCUGGCUCUUCCCGCGUCCAUGGAGAGCAACGUGUCCGACGACGUCAGCAUGAGCGCUGCUUCUCUGCCGGCUCUUACCGCCUCUGAAAACGUCGAGUAUGAUAUCAGUUAUGUAGCCGAAGACGGGGUAGUCGCCAUCCCGCGCGGGGAUAGCGAAGACGAAAGAUUACCGCCGCCAAGAGCGUUGCCGCCGUCCACCGAAGAUUCCACGAUAUUUGCCCUCGAAUCACGUCCUUCAUUGAACACCGAAGUAAUAAACAACAGUCAGCCCGCUCUGCCGCCAACGAUCCUACGUCCUGCCGUGAUGGCCGGUAACGAGAUGGUAUCCGUAAACGCUGCCAGGCGUAACAACGCCGUCUCGAUUUCCAAUGAAAUCGUUCCGUCGACGUCGUCAAAUUGUCACAAACAGCUGCGCCGGAGGGAUCCUCAGACGGGGUCCGUGCAGCCUCAGAUGGUGCGAGUCAACGAGAGCAUAAUAUCCCUGCUGCUGAAGCUGCACUCGCAGUUGUCGGGUGCCCCGGACAGUUACACGCCUCCGGAGGCGUUUUUGGCGUCGGAGGCCGAAGCGGGUAGUAGUAGCAUGGACACCUCGAGUCCAGAAGCUGCCUCCGAGUCCCGGAUCGGUGACGGUCCCUUCUUCAUUGGCCAGCUGCUCAACAGGAUCGCCAGUUUGGAUCCCAUGUGCCGCGAAGCCAUCGUCGAGACGCGCAACCGGCACUGGCCCCGCAUGCAAGAGUGCGAGGAUGAACAGCGGGAGCGUGAGAACCGCGAACGCGAGGAGAGACGUAGACGGGCGCGUGAGAGGCAGCAGAAGCUUAUGGCCGAGUUUGCGAACAAACAGAAGCAGUUUAUGGAAAAAGCCAUGGAGUCUGACGGAGCCGGCGUGUCCAACAUGGAUUGGGACGCGGACGAGGGACAAGCGAAGAUAGAGAGCAAGAAGGAGUACGACUGCGUCAUUUGUAAUCAAACCACACCCAGCACGGAGGAAGUUCCGAUGGGCCUGGUGGUCUUAAUUCAGUCCACCAGCGUGACGGGGCACGAGCGUAAGCACUCGGAGCGCCUUGUGCUGCCUACGUCAGAUGACGAUCCACCAACCCGGUAUCCGAAAGAAGACACCCGUGCAGCUCAUUUCGAUCUCAGAAUAGACGAAAUGAAUAGGUGGUUUGAUCCGCUUUCUUGGAUGAUAUCGGUCAACCUCGGCUGGGAAGGUGGCGUGCACGUGCAAACGUGCGGCCACCACCUGCACCUCGACUGCCUGAGAUCGUAUCUAACUUCGCUCCGGGGCUCGCAGAGACAACAGAAUCUCGACGUCGACAGGGGCGAGUAUAAUUGUCCCCUCUGCAGGCAACUGGCCAACUCGGUUCUACCGCUGUCCCCACAGCUGGGCGAAUGCUCGGCGGUGGUGCGCUCUCGCCACUCGUCCGCCGAAACGAUACUCUCGGACCUCACCAAUCUGCUACGAGAGACGCGGGCCAGUCCCAAUUUAUUUCAGAUCUCUUCGAACCUCACCGCCGCCCUCGGCAAAGCGAUGGAGGACCUGACGAGCUCGACGUACAUGAAGUACAAGCAAAAGAACUGGAACCCUAGUCAUCAAAGUCUAUUUCUCUUCGUAACUUCGGUAGCGCGCACCAAUCUCGAAAUCGAGCUUGUGCAGCGUGGAGGCUCGCUUUCAUCUGUUUCACCGCACAUGGCCGUCCCUCUUUUACCAAAGCGCGGUUGCAUCGUUGCACUGCUGCAUGUACUGUCGGUACAUGCGAGAGUAUUGGCGCAUUGGGACAUCGAUCGUCAGUGGCAGCAACUGUCAGGGCUGCCUGUGGAUCCUCUUCCACAAAAUGCGCGGGACAUUGUUCCUCUCGAGAAAGAAGUUCCGUUCCUCCUGCGAGAUCCCACGGCUUUGUUAAUUCAAUUCAUACUCCUACUUCCUCUUCACCUCGAUCAAACUUAUUUCUCUAUGGUGGUUAAAGUCAUGUAUAAUUUGUUGUACUACCAAAUCGUAAUUCAAGUCAGCUGUGAAUUGACUCAAGCCCAGAGGAAUGCAGUUAUUGGUCGAGGAAUUUUAAGCGACAGUUCGAGCCCGAUUACGUCCGAAACUGUCCUGAGGUCUGUGAUCGCUUACUUUCGUGAUAGUAAGCUUUACAAUAAUGACGAUAUACCCGCGUCAUCGAUUAAUUACGCUAGGAUAAGAAGUCAAAUGAUAGAACAGCUGAUUCGAAAUUUGUGUUUGCCUUUUCUGCGAGUGGCUGCACUACUCCGUCAUCACUUGUACGAACAGCCCAUACCAACGAUCCGUUCAACAGAUCAGGAAUUCACGGGGCUCGUUUAUUACUUGGAGCUGGUGACUGACGGCAUGGAUUCUGACUCCUUCAACUCGGCUGUGGUUCUCAGUUGGCCGAACAAGGAGGUAUCUGUUUCAGCGCCGCGGCUCUGGCUCGAUCAGUUGUCUGCCUUCGUCAAUAAUACCGAGAUUGCCGCUAGAAGUUUGAUUGGAAACCAACAUGUUUCGUGGCAAAUGCCAAAACUACUGAGUCUUCCAAGGGAAUAUGAAAAGAUAUUCACGCACUAUCACGAGAGACAGUGCCGCCAAUGUCACUCUGUGCCCCAAGAGAUAAGCGUUUGUUUAUUGUGCGGUACGAUUGUUUGUCUCAAACAGAACUGCUGCAAACAGACAAAUGUUUGCGAAGCUGUACAGCAUUCAAUCGACUGUGGCGGUGGAACAGGUAUAUUCCUCGUUGUCACUUCGACUUACGUGAUCGUUAUUCGCGGCAGAAGGGCUUGUUUAUGGGGAUCCUUGUACCUUGAUGACUUUGAGGAAGAAGAUAGAGAUUUAAAGCGUGGAAAACCUCUGUACCUGAGUCAGGACAGAUAUCAGUUGCUGGAGCAGCAGUGGUUGGCCCAUAGGUUUGAUCAUACGAAGAAAACAUGGGUCUGGCAUCGCGACGCGCUGUGACCUCUUUACAACGAAAACAGGACGUAUCCAUCCGACGUAUAAAUAGUUUAAGUUAGAGCCACCAACUUAUAGGCCGUCGUCGUCGAAGCCUCACCUCCUUUACAACGCUUGAUGAAAAAAAAAAAAAAAAAAAAAAAAUUA